AUGGUGCUGUCAACGAUCCAGCUUUUUCCACGAGGUACUCCUGGCCUGGUCUACUGCUUCACACGCAAGGAAGCAGAGCAGUUGCGACAAGGCUUGGCAGAAGCUGGCGUGCCUUGCGAGUUCUACCAUGGGGAUCUGGAUGCGUCGGCCCGCCAGAGAGUCCACUCCUCUUGGGUGGAGGGCCGCAUCAGCGUGGUCGUGGCCACCGUGGCCUUCGGCAUGGGUAUCAACAAGAGUGACGUGCGCUUCGUGGUCCAUGCAGGCUUGCCGGCUUCACUUCACCAUUACUACCAGGAAGCUGGCCGCGCCGGGAGGGACGGCAAGCCUGCCCUUUGCUUGCUGCUCUACCGACCAAGCGACGUUCCGCGGCACAGCGUCAUGAAUUACUACAAGCCGGCGUCCUUAAGGGAGCUCUACAAGGCUGCGCUGUAUUGUCACGGGAGCGAGUGUCGGCGCAUGCAGAUCUCUCGUCACUUCGGCGAGGAGCUGCCGCCUUGCGACCGUGGAUGCGACGUUUGCAUGGCCAGGGGCAGUGACAAGAGCGAACCGCCAGCUCGGAAGAAGCCGCGGCUGACGCCAUCGACGCCACCAGAGGCACUGACAAGCGCUUUGCAUGCUGGUGCAGCUGCGCGAGGCCAGGAAGAGCAACUCACACUGGCAAAGCUUUCGGACAAGGUCCAGAAAAGUUGCAAGUGGCGAGGAGAGGUGGCAUCUGAGGCAGUCAUGUAUGUCGCACUAUCCCUCCUUGGAGCUGGCUACUUGAGGGAGGAGUUUCGGCACUCUCCGUAUGCGACGAAUGCCUACUUGGUGGCCACCCCGAGCGCCGAUCGCGUGUUGGCCGGCGACAUGGAGCUCUCUGCUGAAGCUCAGGCGCUGAGCUCGCCACCAGACCUGCUUUUCAGCCCAAUAGAUGCUUGUGGCGCAUCCGCUGCGGCCAAAGAAGCAGCAGCUCUUCGCACAGGUCCUGUCGGUGCGUGUGCUGGCAUUCGACAGAGCCUGCGGCAACUGCGGGCCCUGCUGGGGAAGUGUCCCGACACAUUGUCAUGUUUGAGGGCACGGCCGUCUCGGCAGAUCAAGGAGGAGAUCGCGGGACUUUCGGAGCUGGAGCCUGGUAGCGUGGAGGAUCUGAUCCCACUCUCCGCAGUGAAGAUACUUGGCUACGUAGUCUUUCUGUUGGUGGAUCUCGGGUAA